AGCCAUCUAGCGUUGUGAAUUGAAAAUUGUAUCAUUACACAAUAAUAGAUUCCUGUAAAAGAGCAUUCUGCAGCUGUCACAUAUUCGAAUAACCUCACUUUUAUUAGUUAUUGUUCUUGUUCUCAUUCAAAAAUAUUUGAAAAUGGAUACUGAUACUGAUUUGGCCGACUUAGUAGCAGAAAAAAUUGCAUUUGGUGAGGCAUUAUUGGAGAGAACUAAAAACUACAAAAAACUAGAGGGCAUGCCUAAACUCCAAAGAAACCUCAAACAAGAAAUAAAGUUCUUGGAAAAAAUUCUUGUAAAUAGGUCUUACAAAAAAGAACACCUACAAUGUUCAAAUUUAUCCCAUUUUACUGCAGUAUUGAACGUUUUAGAUACAACUAAAGAUAAUGUUUCUGUUAUGAAAGUAUUUAAGUCUGGUGCUGCUCGGAAUGUAACAGUUGAUAUAGUUUGCGAAAACGGAUUGAAAUGGAUAAAAGUAGUCGCUCGAAAUCCAAAAUCUCUGAGUCAGAUUUCAAUGGGGGACACAUCUUAUGGGAGCCGGAGUGUAAUAGAUAAAGCUAGAGAUUUUGUAGCAGUAUCAAAACAAUUUCCUCGUCUCUUUCAAACACCCUCUGUGAUUUUCUCUUUUGCCAACGGGGUUGGAAGGAACCUAGCUGCUGCUAUUGAAUCAUAUGGCAUAAUUGUUGAAGGAGAAAGAGUGGAGGAUGAUCUAUUUUGUCUGGAAGAGUAUGAUGAAGAAGAUGAAAAUGAAAAUAUAAGUUCAUCUGCACUGUCAACCGAAAAUGCUGAUGAAAUUAAGAAAGUGAACUUGGACAUAUCAGCAAUGUUGGCCUACUGUAGUUCUGUUACUAAUGGUAGUGCGGGAUUAUUCAAGUUUGAUGUACCCAUUCUAACACAAGUAGCAAAAUGUGAACUACAACGUCCUCAAAAACCUAUUUUAGAUCAAUUCUUCGAAGGAAAGACUUUAUACUGUUGUCAAACAGCAUAUGAUAGUUUUAUUGAAAUAAUGAAUACUAUUGGAGGUCCUGAAGAAAAAAUUAGAGGCGAUAAAUUACUGGAAAAUGUUAAAGUACUACCAGAUAAUGCCUCUGUAGAAGAUACAGAUGAUUUUGAAACGACUGAAGCAUUUAGUAAUAUUCAGUACACACCAGAUAAAGAAAUCAAAGUAGGAGGACAAAUAACAGAAAGAUCUCUCAAAGUAUUUAGGUUUGGAGAUCGGAUAAGAGCUGUUACAGUAUCUGCAAAUGCAGGAUUUGUUAGAGCAGCAAUGCAACAGGGAGUAAAUUUUGUCGUUUUCCUGCACGAAUCAAGAGCCUUAACAGAACAAAAAGAAUUAGAGAAAGGAAGUAUUGUUGGAAAUUUGUUAUAAUGAGAUAUUUUAAAUAAAAUUUGUGAUAAA